AUGGACAGUGGAGCCGAAGGAACUCAGCAGCCUCACCUUAUCUUAGCCCACAAGCUAUUCCUCCUCACUCAUCCCGAUGUUCAAGACAUCGAGAAAGUCCAGCUCAAGUCUGACGUCUUGGAUUCCAUCAAAUCCGAUGGGAUGGCUCCAUUGUACGAAACCCUAGCGGCGACUUCGGUUCUGGAGUUGGAUCAGAGCUUGUUGGAUUCUAUGCGGGCUAACAAUGAAGAAGAGCUUAAAAAGCUCGACGACAAGAUUGCAGAUGCAGAAGAAAAUUUGGGAGAAAGUGAAGUCCGUGAAGCUCAUCUUGCUAAGGCUCUGUAUUUCAUCAGGAUUAGUGAUAAGGAGAAAGCUUUAGAGCAACUGAAACUCACUGAAGGAAAAACCGUUGCUGUUGGGCAAAAAAUGGAUUUGGUGUUCUAUACUCUCCAGCUUGCCUUUUUCUACAUGGACUUUGAUCUAGUUUCCAAGAGCAUUGACAAAGCUAAAAAGUUGUUUGAAGAGGGUGGUGACUGGGAGAGGAAGAACAGGCUAAAGGUCUAUGAAGGCUUGUAUUGCAUGUCCACCAGAAAUUUUAAGAAGGCUGCUAGCUUAUUUCUGGAUUCUAUUUCAACCUUCACGACUUAUGAGAUCUUUCCCUACGAGACCUUCAUUUUCUACACCGUCCUGACGAGCAUCAUAACUCUCGACAGAGUUUCACUAAAGCAAAAGGUUGUUGAUGCACCUGAAAUCUUAACGGUGCUUGGGAAGAUUCCAUUCCUUUCUGAGUUCUUGAACUCCCUGUACGAGUGCCAGUACAAGGCAUUUUUCUCAGCAUUUGCGGGAAUGGCAGAGCAGAUAAAGUUUGACCGUUACUUGUACCCACAUUUCCGGUUCUACAUGAGGGAAGUGAGAACGGUUGUGUACUCUCAGUUUUUGGAAUCUUACAAGAGCGUCACGGUUGAUGCAAUGGCAAAGGCCUUUGGUGUUUCGGUGGAUUUCAUUGAUCAGGAGCUGUCACGGUUCAUAGCAGCUGGGAAGCUACACUGCAAGAUAGACAAGGUAGCAGGUGUAUUGGAGACAAACCGCCCAGAUGCAAAGAAUGCACUUUACCAGGCAACGAUCAAGCAAGGGGAUUUCUUGCUAAACAGGAUCCAGAAGCUGUCUCGAGUCAUCGAUCUGUGA